AGGGAGGAAGACUGGUAGAGAGGGAGGAGAGGUGGAGUCUCUGUGAAUUUGGGAUGGGGGUGUGGACAGGGAAUCCCGGAGAGGAAAUCCUGACACUACCAAAUUCCUUUUCCUGCCCUUUGGCCCCACACCACUCUUGGGGAGCGGGGCAGUGGGGCGGGGUGAAGGCAUUUAUUACUUACUCUCUUUCUCCCAGCAGAAUUUGCUGCCUAGGAAUGCCCUCAGAUACCUCUGUUUCCAUCUAGGCACAGGAUCUCUUGCUUCUCAGUGGCCUUCCACACUGUGCUAUACCCUUACUGAUACCCCGAUGCCUUGUGGGGGGACUGUGCUUUCUACAUUGAGCCUGUGUGCUGUUGACAUGUUUAGUAAGUUGUGUGCAGCUCGGUUGCCCUGUGUUAACCAUGAACUGGAGAAAUAUGAUGAUGUUUUCCAUUAGAAUUAACCAUUCCCAUGUCAUGUCCAUCCCUCAGAUCUAGGCGCAAUAUGUUCAAGUGUGCGAGCUUUCAUUAUUUUAUCUAUGAUGGGGUUUCUUGCACAUUUCAUUUUUGCCUGUUUAAGGGUGUAAAGAUCAUACCUUAGUUUGGCUCCCGUGUUAUGUCCACGGACCCACCGUAUGCGGUAGUCCUCAUGCGGGGUUCUGUGGCUUAGCUGGCCAGCACACCUCAUUUCGUCUCGGGGUCAGUCUCUGCUGCACGUGUUUUCCCAGUCUUGGUUCACACCGCACACGUGCGUGCCCCUUCACACCAUGCGCCGAUGUGAUGUGUUCAUGGCAUGUGUGCUCCUGUUUACACACACUAUAUUCUUCGUCAAGUUAUUGGCAGUGUGUUUUGUGAGCUGUGCUCAUUUACCCAUUUGGCACCCCAUUGUGUUUAGAAAUUCUUGGUGGGUUCUGCUCUUGAAAGGCGCUUAAUAACAAGCCUUAGAGAAGGUGGCUGGGCCUCCAAGUUCCCAAAGAGGCAAAUCCACAUGCCUUACCUUGCUGAUCUGUCUGGCCUGAGUCUUCACUCUCUCUCCCCAGUGGCCAGUGCAAAGUGCAGGCUGUGCCCAUGGAGCUCGGCUUGCCGCAGGGUCAGCCCCGCCACGCAUGUUAUUUGCCCCCCAUUCUUUGUACUGUUGCCUUGUAUCUGAUGACCUUUCCCCGUGUGUGGCCUGUUGAUCCCCUUUCUGUUUGUCGUGUGUGAGAUGGCACUUAUCGCUUGCUCGGGCCACAUAGCGUACAUGUGUAUUCAGAGGAGGUUACUGUGGGACAUGGUGUGUUUAUGGCUUUCUUGGCGCCUCAUAUCUGAUUAAUAAGAACUGUCAUCUCAUUAAUUACAGCUGAGUGGGUGGUGGACAGCCUUAUAAUUUGCUCAGCAGAUGUUUAUUGAGCACCUUCUCUUUCUCACCUGGCCACAGGGAUAAAACAGAGUCCUGUCCUCAAGCUACUUACAGACUAGGGAGGAAAUAAAAAUACCAGCAAGCAGCUAGUUACACAGUGUGGUGUCCAGAUCAGUGGUUCUCAAACUCUAGUGCCGUUAGAUUCACCUGGUGGGCUUGUUAAACUAUAGAUUGAUGGGCCCACGCCCUGAAUUUCUGGUUCAAAAAAUCUGGGGUAAGGGUCAAGGGUUUGCAGUUCUAUACUUUGAGAACCAGUGGUCAAGAUAAAGGCUUAAUGAACGCCCAGGCCUGGAGGGGUUCAAGCGGGGUUUUGUUUUGCCCAAACAAAACCUGUGACACUGUGUGAGGCAAGUGAAGAAGAGGCAGAAGGCAUUUAAGCUAAAGGAAACAGCAUGUUCACAGCACAGAAGUAUGAAGGAUCACGGUGUGUCUGAGGAACUGAAGUAAAUCAGCUUGACUGGAGCAAAAAAGGCUUUUGUGGGGAUGUGGCCAGAGAUUUGAGCAGAUGUCAACUUGUCAAAAGGGCUUUUGGGCAAAACAAAUCCUCAGAUUUUUGUUAUAGAAAAAUGUCGGUGGUCAUGUGGAAGACAAGAGGUCACGGAUUGGUGUGAGGGGGAGAGGAGUCUUUUGCAAAUAGUCCAGGGGAGAAAAGCAGGUCUGAACUUGCAGCAGGAAUGGGUUGGUGCUGCUGGCCUCUCGGCAAUGGGCUGCCCUUUGAGCUUAGCCCUUCCUGUUCUUGGAAGAGAGUGCCCAUGGCCUCGCUGUGAACAACAGGUAUUUAUUUGCCUGAACACCCUUUUUUGUGAAUAAAGACCCUGCCCCCAGCAGUGAGGCAGGUGGAGGAAGGAGGAAAAGCCUAGAAGGCAGGUUCCAGUGCCCAGGGCCUCCUCUUCCUGAGAGCUCUUUCCUGGGACAAGUGGUAUGACUCUGCCUUCAUGGCUUUGGGUUGUUUUGUUUUUUAAUUUGGUGAGACUUGAUGACUGUAGCUGCCUGACCAAAUUGCUUCCAGCACUAACAGAGAGGGAGGAAGGCUGGUAGAUGUGGCUGCCUGCCUGUGGAGGCAGGAUUGAUGGAUAUAGCUACUCCUGGUAUGUUUGUGGGUUUUUCUGGGAUGGGGGAGGCUGCCUAGUGGAGGGAGAUUUUUCUAGGUAUGCAUUUACAUUCCUUCAUCUAUCUCUGGGUGCAAUUGUAAAUUUCUGGAUGCAUGUGGAUGGGUCUCCAGAUGACUGUGUUGGUGACAGAGCCUUCCUUCUUGCCAGUUAGCUCUUGAGAAUGUCCACGGGUAUCUUGUCACUCGUACGGUAUCUGCUGUGCGCUGUGUGUGUGUGAGUGCAGUGUAGCCAAGGGGUUAGGAACACGAGCUGCUUAUGCUCAAGCUAGGAAUUGUCUCAACAACCAUGUGAUCUCAGGUGGCCAGAAUGGAGCUGUGGCCCGGGGUAUGGACGGUGCUGCUGCUGCUUUUCCUGUUGCUGCUCUUCCUGCUGCCUGCCUUGUGGUUCUGCAGCCCCAGUGCCAAGUACUUCUUCAAGAUGGCCUUCUACAAUGGCUGGAUCCUCUUCCUGGCUGUGCUUGCCAUCCCCGUGUGUGCUGUGCGAGGACGCAACGUUGAGAACAUGAAGAUCUUGCGCCUGAUGCUGCUCCAUGUCAAAUACCUAUAUGGGAUCCGAGUGGAGGUGCGAGGGGCUCACCACUUCCCUCCUUCACAACCUUAUGUCGUGGUGUCCAACCACCAGAGCUCUCUCGACCUGCUCGGGAUGAUGGAGGUACUACCAGGUCGCUGUGUGCCCAUUGCCAAGCGGGAGCUGCUGUGGGCCGGCUCUGCUGGACUGGCCUGCUGGCUGGCAGGAGUCAUCUUCAUUGACCGGAAGCGCACUGGGGAUGCCAUCAGUGUCAUGUCUGAGGUUGCCCAGACCCUGCUCACCCAGGACGUGCGGGUUUGGGUUUUCCCCGAGGGCACAAGAAAUCAUAAUGGCUCCAUGCUGCCCUUCAAACGUGGCGCCUUUCACCUUGCAGUGCAGGCCCAGGUUCCCAUUGUCCCCAUCGUCAUGUCAUCCUAUCAAGAUUUCUACUGCAAGAAGGAGCGCCGCUUCACUUCUGGGCGAUGUCAGGUACGGGUGCUGCCUCCAGUGCCCACAGAAGGGCUGACACCAGACGACGUCCCAGCUCUGGCCGACAGAGUCCGGCACUCCAUGCUCACCGUUUUCCGGGAGAUCUCCACCGAUGGCCGGGGUGGGGGUGACUAUGUGAAGAAGCCUGGAGGGGUGGCAGAGGCCCGGCUCUGAGCUCCCCUCCCAUCUCCCCCACUUUCCUUCCCAGACCUCCCAGGCCAGUGGGCCCUGAAAUAGGGCUGAGAAGCCCUCUUUGUCAUUUGCCCUCUCCCCACUUGUCCUCUUCUUUGGAAUCUUCAACUUCUGAAGUGAAUGUGGAUACAGCACCACUCCCUGCCCCUUCCCAGUUCCCACCUCCCUGCCCCCAGAUUCUUUGCCGGUGCCGUCUCCACUCUGACCCCACCCACCUCCUGUGCCAUCUUGUCUGUGGGAAGGUUGCCUCCCUCUUAUCUCCAGUGGCUCAGCCUACACAGGGUGGGAACACUCCAUCCUGUCCCCAGUGGACUCUCUUCCUUUGUGGUCUCUCCCCGUCCACCACCCCACAUUGGCCAGUAGACUCAUCCAUUCUAUGGAACAGUUCCCCAAGCCGCCCCCCAGUCCGUGGAAUCAGUGGACUCAUCCUUUUAUGAGGAAGACUCAUGCUGUGGCUGGAAGCUGAUGCCUGGAACACUCCUCCCAGGCUGAUCCUGGCAACACUCCUCAGCAUCUUCACCCUCCCUCCGUGGAGCCUCCUGUCCGGAGGCCGGACUCUUCAAACUCAGAGGUCUCAUCCCCGCCUGUGCCCAGGCGCCCAGGGUGGAGCACACUCCUGGAUGCCAGUUUGGUCUUCACAUUUCUGCUUCCUCCUGUCCUGUGGUACAGUUCUUCGGUGGUCCUGGCCCCACCCAGCCCCCUGCAGCCUGGCUGCUCCAUUCUAAACAGACACCAGGGAAGAGGCAGACAUCAGGUGCUGCACUCGCUUUGCUCCUGGGGAGUUGGGAAAAGGAUCUGAACCCUGGCUGGAGGGGAUAGGAGGGCUUUUAAUUUAUUUCUCUUUCUUUUGAGGCUUUCCCUCUCUGAGCCAGUUUUCAUUUCCUCCCUAUGGCAUUAACCACUCCCUGCCUCCCACCCCAGACCUGUGCCCACAACAGGGGAGGUGGGUUGGGAGCAAAAGGAAAGAGUGGGACCCAGUUUUGCGUGGUUGGUUUUAUUAAUUAUCUGGAUAACAGCAAGAAAUGAAGAAUAAAGCUUCAGAGAGA